GCUGCUAGGUGUCUCUCUUCAGUUUAUUCCUUGCUUGCAUUGAUCUCUGCUUCAGUGUCAUUCACUUUGAUUUUGAGUUUCCUAUUUAAUUUGUAGCUUCCCAUUCAGCACUACUGCUCUAGAUAUAUAAUUGUGGCAGUAGAAGCUUAGAAUCACUUAGAAUAUUUUGAUAGAAAAUGAGUGAUUGGGGUCCUGUGGUGAUAGCAGUGGUGCUGUUUGUGUUGCUGAGUCCUGGUCUUCUGAUUCAAGUUCCAGGAAAAAGCAGAGUGGUGGAGUUUGGGAACAUGCAAACCAGUGGAGUCUCUAUCUUGAUCCACACCAUCGUCUUCUUUGGUCUCAUUACCAUAUUUCUUAUUGCUAUUGGUGUGCAUAUCAACACUGGCUAAUUCCAUUCUCUGUUUAAUUUAGCUCUGAAUUUGAUAUGUG